AUGCCGAUUGGAAAAGGAAGGUACUCUCUAAACAAAGCUAUAAGUUCUCCGGAAGAAGAACCCACGAAAUGCUUUUCAAGGCGUAUUGAGUCUUCCUUACUAAUACACCCUCCCGUAGUCCCCCCGCAGGGUCAAGGCGUGGAAGAUCAAAACUACGAGGUCUCGCAAGAUGAAGUUUGGAAUGCAGUCGACGAGGAAGAACGUAGGAAGUAUCAAGAGCUCCGUAACUCAAAAGAGUGGCAGGAAAGAGAGCGUCACAUUCUAAAAAUAGAAGAUGGAAAAAAGGCGAUAGGCCAACGGGCCAAGGAGAUCGCUCAAGGAAGAGGCUUUACCCCAGCACGCUGCGAUGCUGUGGAAGACGCUGCAAAAUACGUAGUUGACGAUUUAAACAAUCCUAAGAGCGAGGCGUGGGAGCGCAUCGACGAAGAGGUCAAAGGAUCUGACAGGAAAGAUAGCCGUAACUAG